AUGUCCUCCGAAGACACAAACAAGAACGAGAUACAAAAUGAGCAGCAUGGAGCAGACAUUAUACGGACCGUCACAGAUGUCGACGAGGGCGUCAUCGAAGACAAACCACAGAACACCGACGCAGACCCCGCCCUCCACUUCAUUGGCGGCGAGGAGGUCGAGUACACGCCCGAAGAAGAGCAAAGCGUGCUGCGCAAGAUCGACUGGGCCUUGAUGCCGAUGCUGUGCUGGAUUUACGCGCUCCAGUUCGCCGACAAGACAUCUCUCAACUACUCCUCUCUGAUGGGCAUCCGCGAGGACACCCACUUGGACCCCAGCAGCCAGGAAUACAGUUGGGUUUCGAGCAUCUUUUAUGCUGGUUACAUCGCAUGGGAGUUUCCUACCACCUACCUGCUCCGCGCUCUUCCGCUGGGCAAGUACACAUCGGCCAACAUCAUCAUGUGGGGCCUGGUACUCACAUUCCACGUCUUUGCCGCCAACUAUGCAGGCCUUCUGGUCCUCCGCUUCUUCCUCGGUGCCCUUGAGGCCACAGUCACACCCGCCUUCAUCAUCCUGACCUCGGCCUGGUACAAGAAAAACGAACAAGCCACACGCGUGGGCUUCUGGCUCAGCUGCAACGGACUGGCCCUGCUCGUGGUCGGUCCCAUCGCCUAUGGCCUCUCCGGGGUCACUGAUGCCAAGAUCGCUACGUGGAGAAUCCUAUAUCUCGUCUUCGGCAUCCCGACUGUCCUCACUGGUGUCAUUUGCUGGUUCUACAUGCCUGACAACCAGAUCAACGCCCGCUUCCUGAACCGCCGCGAGAAGCUCAUCGCCAUUGAACGUAUCCGAGUCAACUUCCAGGGUAUCGGCAGUCGCAAGUGGAAGUGGUCCCAGUUCUUUGAGGCCUUCCGUGACCCUCGUACUUAUCUCUACGUGCUCUUCUCCCUGCUCAUGAACAUCCCCAACGGCGGCAUCACCUCCUUCGGCUCCAUCGUUAUCAACUCCUUUGGCUUCAGCGACCGGCUAUCCUUGCUGCUUAACAUGCCCACUGGCGUGGUUGAUAUUGCAUGCAAAUUGGGCUUCACCUACCUGUCAGACCGGUUCAUGGAUCGCUCCCUCUUUGCAUUCAUCGCCAUCCUCAUUCCUAUGAUCGGUGGCAUCAUGAUGAUCGCAAUCCCCCUCUCAGCCCCAGCCGCGCUGUUGAUUGGCUACUAUUUCAUUGGCGCUGCCGGUUCCGCCUGGUGCCUGGUCAUGGUCAUGAUCUCGAACAACACUCUGGGCUACACCAAGAAGGCCACCGUUAACGGCCUCCAGAUCCUCGCCUAUGCCGCUGGCAACUGGAUUGGUCCUCAGACCUUCCGCUCCACCGAGAAGCCUACUUACUAUCAUGGGAAAAUGAUGGUUUCCGUAAUGUAUGGCAUUUCGGCCCUCGUCAUCAUCGCAAUCCGUGUCAUCAAUAUACUAGAGAACAGGCGCCGCGACAAGAAGGCCCUCGAGCAGCCCGAGACUAACUCUACUGGUACCGAGUUCCUAGAUCUGACGGACUUCGAGCAGCCUAACUUCCGAUACAUGUUGUGA